AUGUCCGACGCCAGCGGCUCCGGCCACGCAGAGGCCAGUCAGGACGAGGACGCUCUGCCCACCCUCACCCUCGAGCAGACCAUGGCGUUGCUGAUUCAGGAUUUCGUCCAUGGCAGAGCACAAAUGCCGCCGCCGCUGUCGCUUCCUCUGCCUGCAACCAUUCAUGACACGGCGACGGCGGGCGAUGUUGCUCCGGGGGUCUCGGCCGUGAGCGACGCCGGUGCUUCUGAUCGCGACUCGCUUCACGAGACCGAGGCUGCGCAUACCGCCGACGAGAACGACCAUGAGAAUGGGAACCAGGUUGCGUCCGACAACGAAUCCGAAAUUUCCAUCGAUGCUCCCGCGGCGCCGCCGAAGGAGCAGGACCGCUUAGAUUUGCAACAUCAGUGCUGGCUACGAACGUCAGGUGAGGUGCUCUGCUUUUGUCCCAAAAGGAAGCGCGCCAGGAGAGUCCUCGAUGUUGGAACGGGUACCGGCGUCUGGGCCAUUGCGUUUGCCGAUAUGCGCGCCGAGGCUGAAGUUAUUGGUGUCGACAUUAGUCCCAUUCAACCUCACAGCUUCGAAAUCGACGACGUAGAGAGGGAGUGGGUGUGGCCCGACUACUUUGACUUUAUCUUUGUCCGACACAUGAACGCAUGUUUCGCAAGCUGGCCCGACUUCCUUGCGCGCGCCUUCAACCACCUCGAGCCAGGCGGCUUCAUCGAGCUCCACGACAACGCCUUCCCCAUCCUCUGCCCCGACAACACCAUGCCCCCGACCAGCGCCAUCGCCCGGUGGUCCGCCAUGCUGAUGGAGGCCACGUCGGCCAUCGGCCGCCCCAUCGACGCGCCCCGCCACUUCAAGGCGAUGCUCGAGGAGGCCGGUUUCGAGGCCGUGGUGGAGAAGAAGCGGGUUUGGCCGGUGAGCCCCUGGUCCUGGGACCCCAAGAUGCGCGCCCUGGGCUGGUGGGUGCAGGCCGGCAGCCUCGCGGGCCUCGAGGCCUCGAUCCUCAAGCUGGGGACGGGCGUGCUGGGAUGGAGUCGUUCCGAGGUACUCGAGUUUUGCGAAGAGAUCAAGACCGAGUUGAGGGAGGCCAGGGUGCAUGGUUACUGGGAGGUGUAA